CUCUGUCUCUCGACUCGAGGGACGGUACGGGUGAAUGAUCGAUCGUUUUCUACAUCUAUUUGAGCCCAUUAAAGGCGCAUCUACUUGAGGGCGGCAUGUGAUUUCUACCUCUCCUGGGGACGACGUGGUCGCUGCAUCUCAAGCCUUUGUCGCCCCUUCCCCUCUGAAAUUGAAAUCAUCGCUAGUAAGCCCGAAGAUCAUACGAUGUUGUUAUCUGUCUCGAAGUGCUAAUAUAGCUACGUGUUUAUGAGCUACUGUCUCUUCCAAGUCUGAAAGACUGCUUGUUCCUGUAAGAUCCCAACAAAGAGCUAGGGACAACAAAAUGCAAGGACGCGGAGAUCCGUUCUUCGGAUUUGGAGACCCUUUUGGCAGUUCUGGUGGCCCUUUUGGUAGUUUUGGUGGCUUUAGAAGACGAGAGAGGAGCCUGAUUUCUAACUUUUUUGGAGGAAGGGAUCCAUUCGAUGAUCCCUUUUUUACACGCCCCUUUGGGAGCAUGUUCGGUUCUAGCUUUUUCAGCUCCUCUGAAGGUCCAUUUAUGAAUCCCCAUCAUUCUGGAUUUCUUGAACAAGAACCUUCACAGUCUAAUCGACCAAGGGGGCCAAUAAUUAAGGAGCUGAACUCUGAUAAUGAAGAAGAUGAAAGUGAAGAUGGGCAGGAGAAACAAGGGAAUUUAAGAAAACAUCGCAGAUCUACCCAAGAGCCAUUCAUAGAGGAUCCUGAAGAUGAGAACACCGAGAAAAAGAGCAGGCAUAUGUCUCAAAGAAAUGACAAUAACCAGAUACACUUAACUAGGAGUCAACCCCAGUCACAUACCUUCACUUUUCAAAGCUCUAGUGUUUCUUAUGGUGGUGCAAGUGGUGCUUACUACACGUCUUCUAGGACAAGGAGAUCGGGGAGUGAUGGAUUGACUUUCGAAGAGUGCAAAGAAGCCAAUUCAGCUACCCGCCAAGCAACUCAUAGAAUUUCAAGAGGACUUCAUGAUAAGGGGCAUUCUGUCACUAGGGAAUUGAAGUCGGAUGGCCAUGUUGACACAAUGCAGACACUGCAUAACCUCAAUGAAGAUGAACUUACUGGUUUUGAGGAAGCAUGGAAAGGCAGUGCUAGAAGGAAUCUCCCUGGAUGGAGUGAAGGGCUUUCUAUUCAAGAUUCUAUGGGACCUGGAGGUGGCGGUCAGCACAGGCCUAAUAGAGGUGGGUGGGCACUCCCUCCUGCUGAAAGACCAACAAAUGGUGGAAACUUCCAGUCAGAUGCAGUUGGUAUGGCUGGCCCUGCACCAUAUCGUCAAAGAAUGAAAACUAAUCAUAAUGAUGGAACAAGCUCUUGGCGCCACAGAUCUAAAGGUAGCAGCAGUCAAGCCGGUAAGCGUUAGGAACCUACCUAACCUUCUCAGUUGCCAAUUCUCUCUUCUUGCCAAUCCUCUCCUAUUCAUGAAUGCACGACGAGGCAUUGCAUAUCUGUUAAGAGGAAUUUGUAUGUUUGUGAUGGUUGUGUUUGAAUGCUAUGGAUGGAGUGUUAUAUAGCAUAAAUAAAUUCUGCGUUGUUUGUACUGAUUUUA